GAAAGAAAAUGCAGACAGUUACCAAACCUCCACUCUCCGCCAACUCUCUUCCAUCGCCGGCGAUAGCAGACCAUCGCCACCAUCUUCUGCUUCCCAUCAGCAUUUGUCCCACCACCAUCCAUCAGUUCAAGCAACUCCACGCUCAGGUCCUGCGCUCAGGCCAUGACAAUUCCUUCUCCUUUCUCCUGUCUAAACUCCUCUCUUUUCCCUUUUCUUCCCCUCCGUCUCUCGACUACAUCCUCACCGUGUUCCUCCACUCCCCACAUCUCGACACACGCAUAUGUCACCGCGCACUCCGUACCUUCUCUCGCGCCCCCGAUGGCCCUCGCCGAGCUCUCAUUGCCUACGCUUGCAUUCGGCGUUCGGAAGUUGAGGUUGACCGGUUUAUGUUUCCAACGUUGCUUAGCGCUGCUGCUAAAUUUAACGGCGGGGAUGGUGUUGCUGCACGGAGGGAGGCUCAUGGGCUUGUUCUGAAAUUGGGGUUUCUGUCGGAUCCGUUCAUUCAGACAUCGCUUGCAGGAGCCUAUGCGGCUGGUGGAAUGGUGGAAGAUGCCCGCAAGGUGUUUGAUAGAAUGCUAUACAAGGACGUGGUCGCUUGGAACGUAAUGCUGGACUGCUACUACCAGGCUGGGCAGUACGAUGACACGCUGAUGCUUUUUGAAGCCAUGAGAAACUCUGGUUUUGUCCCUGACAAUGUGGUUCUUUCCACCAUCAUCACAGCCUGCGGGCGCACUGGAAAUCUGUCCUUUGGCAAAAAAGUUCACUCAUUCAUGACUGAAUCUAAAAUCAAGAUUGAUGAUCACAUUCAAAGUGCACUCAUUACAAUGUACUGCAACUGCAACUCAAUGAGCACUGCUCAAAACUUGUAUGAUCAGAUGUCUCACAAAAACCUUGUGGCUUCAACAGCCAUGAUCUUUGGCUACUCCAAGCUUGGAAAGAUUGAAAUUGCACGCUCAAUAUUCGAUCGAAUGCACGAGAAGGACCUUAUUUGUUGGAGCGCCAUGAUUUCAGGUUAUGUUGAGAGCGAGCAACCGGUGGAGGCUCUUAAACUAUUUAAUGGUAUGUCGGCAAGUGGAAUGAAUCCAGACAAUAUCACAAUUUUAAGUGUUAUUUCAGCCUGUUCUCAUCUGGGUGCCAUUGAUCUUGCAAGAUGGAUUCACAUCUAUGCCAACAAGAAUGGUUUUGACGGCAUUGUAUCGGUCAAUAAUGCUCUCAUUGACAUGUACGCCAAGUGUGGAAGCUUGGAAAUGGCUCAAACAAUUUUUGAAAAGCUUCCUCAAAGAAAUGUUAUUACUUGGACCACCAUGAUCACUGGGCUUGCCAUGCAUGGGGAGGGGAGGUCUGCACUAGAACUUUUUAAUGAGAUGAAGGCCAUGGGAUUUGAGCCCAAUGGUGUGACUUUUGUGGGUCUGCUCUACGCUUGUAGUCAUUCUGGUAUGGUUGAAGAGGGACGAUGUAUGUUCAAGAUGAUGAUUCAUGAGCAUGGGAUUGAGCCAAAGCAUGAACAUUAUGGCUGCUUGGUAGAUCUUCUUGGCAGAGCAAAGCUGCUUCAAGAAGCACAUGAGCUCAUAGAAUCCAUGCCUUUUCAACCAAAUGUGGUGGAGUGGGGGUCACUUCUGUGGGCGUGCCAGAUCCAUGGAAAUAUUGUGCUGGGCAAACUUGCAGCGAAGAAACUUUUGGAGCUUGACCCAGGGCAUGAUGGCGCUUAUGUCCUUCUGUCUAACAUUUAUGCAAAAGCUAAUCGAUGGGAGAAAGUUGAAGAGGUGAGGAGGUUGAUGAAAGACAGGGCUGUUCCUAAGGAGAAAGGGUACAGUUGGAUUGAAAUGGAUGGUGAAGUGCAUGAGUUUCUGGCGGGAGAUGACUCCCAUUCGAGGUCUGCUGAGAUCUAUGACAAGUUAGAUGAGGUAGUGAAGGCAUUGGAAGUUGCAGGCUAUUUUCCUGAUAUUGGGAGUGUGCUGCUCAAUCUGGAGGAGGAUGAGAAGAGGGCAGCUAUUCUCUUACAUAGUGAAAAAUUGGCCCUCUCAUUCGGGCUUAUUGGUUUGAAUCCGGGCUCAUGCAUUCGCAUAGCGAAGAAUCUUAGGGUUUGCAGGGAUUGCCACUCUUUUAUGAAGCUGGCAUCAAUAGUUUAUAAAAGGGAAAUUAUUUUGAGAGAUAGAACUCGGUUUCACCACUUCAUGGAUGGCAAUUGCUCAUGUAGAGAAUUCUGGUGAAUUUUCACCAUGCACUGGUGUAUGAUACGGCAGUGUUCAAAGAGCUGCAAUUUAAGACUCCUCCAUCAACGACCUCUGCAACCUUCAGCUCCAAAAUCCUUAACCUC